AUGUAUGGGAAACGGCUUUGGAUCCAAAACUCACCGGACCCAGACCGAGCGUCCAACUCGGCUGGGGUCGCCUUCGUGCUGAACAGAGACCUAGUAAGCACGGCAAACUGCGAGGUGAAAGUGAUCGAAGAGGGACGCGCAACGGCCCUCACCCUGAGAUGGCACGACCGAGACACAGUCACAAUCGUGAACACGUACGCACCGAAUGAACCAGGCCGCCACGCGGCCUUCUGGAACAAAAUAAAAGAUGCGAGAAGACAGAACAAGAUACCCAAAGUAGACAUACUACUUGGAGACUUCAACGUUGUCGAAGACGACGUGGACCGAGCCCCACCGAGGAAAGAACUCGAAAGCGCCGUAAUGGCCCUUCGAGAAUGCCGACAAGCGCUAAAUGUGCACGAUGCAUGGAGAGAGGAGUACCCGUCCUCGAGAAACUACACAUACAUCAGCAAAGCGACGGGCUCGAUGUCGCGGCUGGAUAGAAUGUACAUAGCAGACGAUAGGAGGAAAGAUGUGUAUGAAUGGUGCUGUCAAACCGCGAGCCUCAAGUCAGACCACCGAAUAGUCUGGAUGAAGUACGCACCGACAGCAAUGCCCUAUAAUGGGUCGGGCAGGUGGACCUGGCCCCUGGGUUUCGUGAACGAAUGGCAUGCGAUCGCGGCGAUCGAGGCGCGAGGCCUAAGACUGCAAAACGACCUUGAAAAUCUGAGCCAUGAGCAACGGUCACCGGAAAAGAACGCACAAACACUGUGGAAAGCCUUCAAGGAAGACAUGAUAACGACUGGAAUGCUGAUCACAGGAGCCAUCAUGUCACGGUCGAGACGGAAAAUAGCGACCUGGGAGACAAUCCUACAGAGCGAAAUGGAGAAAGAGGGGAUAGAUCGAGUAAAUGACGAAGAGCCGCGAAGAAAUGUUGCCAUGCUGGAAGAA